GACCACAUGAACCAUUUCCGCCAAAGAGAUAAGGUCUACAAAAUCCAUUGCAUGGUAGAAAAAGAAGAGCAGGAAAGAUUGAAAUCUCCACGCAAUUGGAGAUGGCGAAAUCAUAUCACUCCAUCUCAAGGCUCUUCACUCCUAUUGACAAUCAACUUGGCAAUACCAGAAGACUAAGCCAAGGCCUCAAACUGCCGACCUGCACACAUUUUGAGGCCAGAGUUGCAGCUGUUUCUACGAGUAAAGAUGAAAUCCCACAGAAUUCGAAAAAGAAAUCAUGCAAGGUUUCAAGAGCACCUCGCCGUCUGAUCACCAUUUCAACAUCUAGUUCAGGAUGGAACAGUAAAUGGAGCUGUGACUAUGUAUUCACCCUUGCAGAGCUUCAGUUAGCAGACCUGGCCGAAGAUGGGCAGAAGAAUGCAGAAGUCUUUAUUAGCCUUUCGAUUCAAAAGCAUACUGGAUUUGGAUUCUCUAUUGAAGGGAGAAUAAUUACGGCCUUCAACAGAAAAUGCGGUUGGUGCUUCUCAUCAUAUUGUACAGAGAUCAAUACCACUUUUGAUGUUUGGGUUCUACCUUCAAGCAAGCGUAGUGAGUUCCAGCUACCUGAAAUUGGUGGAAGCGAUCCAUCUGUCAUCUAUGUGAAUCCAGGGUCUGAAGCCAAUAUUGAUUCACUAAUCCAAGAUACCAUACGUUUAACAGCCUCAGCAAAGGACACCUGUUCAGAAUCAUGUGAGAGGCCUGCACUCAUAUGGCAAUGACACCAGUUCAUAUUCCGAAGGAAAGAGGAGUUAUGAUCAGAGGUGGUCUAGGCUACUUGAGAUAAAAAAUGCAAUCUAGAGGAUGCCAAGUUUAAACGGUCUCAAGCAUAAAUUUUGCCAGGUGAUAUGAUGCCUAGACAGACCACUAACAAUGCGUCUAGAAUUAUAACAGAUUUGACCAAAUACAGCUUGAAUAAGGGUCCUGUGACUUCUAUUAUCAAGAGCAUGCAUUAUUGUCCAACAUUUUUACAUGGAGAUGUAAUCAACAGGACAUACCUCAAACUGAAAUGCAUCAAGAAAAGAGACGUGAAAGAGAAAAUAGACAAAAUGCUUCAAAGAGAUGAGUCUAGAAGUUGGUAAAUAAUCAUGGUCAAGGAAUGCUACUUUCACCUUGUAAAAGCGUUAUGUAUCUUCCAUUAGAUGGGCAGACAGGAGAAACUUUUGUACUUCUAAAUUUGUGUUUUAGAUUGAUUGUUUGAAAUGGAAUAAAGACUAAGUUAAUAGCCUACAGUUUUAAAAAGAGUCUAGGCCAUAGUCCACUAAUUCCUCUAUGUGAACUUUUGUAGGUUCGACGUUCAAACCAUGUGAGUUGUUUCCCCAAGUACUCAACCUGCAUAAUUAUCUCAUCAUUUCUUUGUGACCUUGUUCUCAAAUGAGAUAAUAAAUGGGAUCAGAUCUCAAAUUAUAUAUAAAGUAGAGAAAGAAGAAAUAUA